CACACACUAUCACCGAUAAGCGAUAUUAUGUAGUAAUACUAUGGACUGUCGAUAUAGACACUAUUGCAUAAUAAAUUAUAAUAUAAACGAUAAUCUGAUCCUCUUAAUAACAUUAAUAUAAUAUAAAUAUCUAGAAACUUAUAUACAUAGUUCUAUAUAAUCAUCUAAUCAUUAGUGGAUGAAAUUAUAAGGACUAUGUUUAUUGGAUAGGGUUAGGUUUAGGAUAUAUAUUUGAUAGCGCUUAAAAAGUAACUUUUUAAUAUAAAAAAAAACAAGAAAUUAGUAUAAAUAAAGGGUUUGGUUUAGUUUGUUUUGUUUUGUUUAAUGAAUGAACUUUUUUUAUUUUUCUAUAUUUUUUGUUAUUUUAUCAGUUUUAUCUAAAAACAUUGAUUUUACUAAGGAUUUGGGUCUAUUACAAGUGAAAAAAUCACAAGAAUAUUUGGAAUCAAAUAAAGAUCUUGAAAAUCAUUUUAAUUGGAUAUAUAAAGAAGAUGUUAUUUUAUAUAUAAUUUUAAAAGGAAAAGUUUUUAAUAAGAAUUUAUGUAAAAAAACUUUAGAAAACAGAUGUUUAAAACUAUUACAAGUGAUUCCUAGUCUAAAAGGUGUAUGUAAUGGGGAUCUGCUUAAAAAAUGUGAAGAACUUAGAAGUUUAAAGUCGAUUAUCGAUCAAUGUAGAGAAUUUGAAAAAGAACUUGAACACUUUUCUUUGAAAAAAAAUAAUUGCAGUAUUUAUAUAGAAAAAUGUAGAAUUUUGGAGUCAAUAUGUUCUAAAAAUCUUAAUGGAAAAUGUAAUGAAUUGAUGGAACGUUGUUAUAGAAAAGAGUAUGAUGAGGUUGCAGAUAUAGCACUUUUAAGAGCACUUCCAAAUUUUACAAUUGAGUUGUGUGAAUCAUCAAUUCAGGCAAAAUGUAUAGAAUUAGGUAAAGAAAAUGAUCAUAUGGUGUUAAAAUGUUUGGAAUGGAAAUCGACAUGUCAACGACUUGUUAAAGUAUCUGAAAAUAUUAAUGAAUAUCUUAAGAAAUCAAUAAAAUCUAUAAUUGAAGAUGUUUUUGGAAAAAUAUAUAAAAAUGGGGUUGAAAAUAUACAAGAGUUAAAAGAGCGUUGUAGUCAAUUUCUUCCAGAGUGUUAUUUAUACGCUUCAGAUUUUGUAAAUUAUCCGCAAAAUAUAAGUAAAAAUGAUGACUUGUUUGGUUUGUGUUAUCGACUUCAAGAAAUGUGUAGAGGUUUGGGUAUUAUUGUUAAGUCAUAUAAUUCUUUCAAUCCAAUUGAAUCGUCUACUUCGCUUUCUAUUAAAAUAGAUCUUUAUGGACUUUAUAAGAAGGCAUCAGAAUCAGGUAUCAUUGUUAAUAGGAGGAUGAGUGGUGUUGAGGGUUAUCAUCUUUUAGCAUUGUUGAUUCGUAACAAUGUUAAUAUAGAAAAUAAAUGUAUUGAAAUAAUUAAGAAUAAUUGCUCAUCUAUUGGAUAUUUUCACGAUGAUUUGAGGAAAAUGUGUCUAUACUAUAAGAAUAAUAAUGGUGAUUUGUUAAAUUGUAUCAUAUUAAAAAACAAACUGAGGAAUUCUUGUCGAAAUCUUAAUGCAGAACUUAAAAGAGUACUUCAAUUUAAUAGUAAAGAUGGAGACGGGUCUGCUAUGGGGAAUAAUUAUUUUUUGAUUAAUGAUAAGGAUUGCAAGUUAUUGUUAUCAUUAUGUUUUUAUUUAAAGGAAAGCUGUGAAGAUAGAUAUCUUGAUAAGUUAAUGUGCCGUAAUUUAACAAGUAUAUGUUAUCAUCAAGCACGUUUGAGAUCUUCUUAUAACUAUAUAACUAAGCUUUUACGUAGAAAUAAUCAUGGAUCAUUUGAUCUAAUGAAAAAGUCUAAUUGUACAAAUAAAUUGAUUAAUAUUUGUCGACAGUCCAUGUAUCAGUAUAGAGGGGAAUUGUUUGAAUUGUGUUUAUCACCUGAGGAAACAUGUUCUGAAUUAAUUAAAAAUAUUCGAAGAAAGUGUUUAUUGCUUAAAGAUGAGUUAACUUCUUAUUAUAAGGAUAAUAUUCCUUUUGAGAAUUGUGAUGUUUUGGGAUCAUCAUGCAAAGAAUUAUCUGAACAUUGUAUUAUGGAUUUGGGUUUACUAUGUUAUUCAUUUCAAAAAUAUUGUAAUGAAAUGAAAACAACUAUUGAAUUAAAAAAUAUGUUAUUACAAGGAAGAAAUAACUAUUUGUCGAAUAAGUCAUCUUGUAUAGAACGUUUGAAUGAUUUUUGUAUUAAUACGAUUAAAGAAGCUAAUACACCAUUUAUGGGUUCAUGUAAACGCUGGAGGGGUACUUGUGAAGUUAUUAUUUCGUCAAUGAAGAGCCAUUGUAAUGCAUUUCAAAAUAAUUUUGAAAAAUACAGUAUUGCUAAUAAAAUUCAAAACAAGGAUAUUACAUUUUAUGACUGUAAACUAUGGAAACCAUAUUGUGAUAUAGUUAAAAAUAAUUGUGAAAAAUACUAUUUUCAGCAGCCAUGUAACUCACUUGAUAAAAUUUGUGAAGGUUAUUAUAAGACAGAAUUCAUUGAAUUAUCCUUGAUGCGUGAAUUGAGUGGUUAUUUGAAAAAACGAGAAAUAUGUAUGAAUGGUUUGAAUAAGCGUUGCAAAGAAUGGAAUCAAGUAAAUAAUAAAACAUUUGAGUCUCAGUGCAAAACUUUAAAAAAGGAUCAGGGACUAGAACUUUGUAAAAAGUUUGAAAAUUAUAUGCAAAAACAAUGUAUUCUUCUGGAUUCUAAACUAAUAAGUCUUUAUGCUUUAUUAAUAACUAAGGAAAAAUUAUAUAAAGAAAAAAAAAAUAAAGUAGCCAAUUUUACAAAAGAAGUUGUUGGAUUAAAUAAUGAUAGCUUCAUUAAGAAUUUUACAGGACAAAAUAUUUAUGGGGAUCGCCUUAAACGUUAUAUUAAUGUAUUUCAAGAUUCUGUAGAUCUUCUUGAUACAGAAAUUCAAGUAAUGAAAGAUUGUAACAGUACUUCUGAAUAUUUAUUCAAAGAUGAUUGCGCUAAUACUCAAAAUAUAUAUAAAGAAAUUCAAAAUUUUUGUAAUUCAUUCAGGUCACAUAUAUCUAAACAAUCCUGGUUAUCUACAUUGCCUGCCUUCUCAACAUCUAAUUCAAGCUCUAUUACAACAUCUACACCUAUUAACUCUGUUUUUCCGAUCAAAGAAACUACAACUAAAACGCUCAUUUCUACAGAAUCUUUUUCUUCUAUUAUCACUCAAACUAAAAUUCUUUCUACUACAAUAAUUCAAACUAAAACUCUUCCUUCUACAAUAAUUCAUACUCAAAAUCUUACUUCUACUAUAAUUUAUACUCAAUUUAUCAAGGGAUGGUCGACAUUAACCGAAAAAUUAACUGAAACUAUUACUGCAACGAUCACUUCUAUCUCUCCAACCACUUUUGUUUUCACCACAUAUUUUCCUCUGCAAUCUCAUAAAAACCCUGAAAAAGCUCCCCACAAUAUCUCUUAUUUAUCUGUAUUGUUUUUCCUUUUCGUCAUAAUUAUUUUACUAUGUAUGUUUAAUUUUUUUCUAUUUUUGUACAGACUUUUUUUUAUCAAAUAAGGAUUUUGGUUAGCCAUGAUGUAAUAUAGGAUAUUUAUGAAUAAAUAACUAAACUGUUGAUAUCUCAACCUC